AUGAUUGUGAGAAGAAAGAUGUUUAUUUCAUUUUAUAUCAUCGGCCUAAUCGUUUUAUUGAUGGAGAUCAUCAUAGGGAUGUUUGGAAAUGGAUUUAUAGCAUUAAUUUAUUGCAUAGACUGGGUCAAAAGCAGAAAACUAUUUUCAUGUGACAUGAUCCUGACCUGUUUAGCCAUGUCCAGAAUUCUCUUGCAGGGGAUAUUUACAGCAGAUCUCUUCAUCCACAUCUUUGCUCCUGGGACAUUUCAUUUGAAUCAAGUACAGAUAUCUCUCAGCUUCCUGUGGUUCUUUGCAAACACUGUUGGUCUCUGGUUCACUGCCUGUCUUGGCAUUUUCUACUGUGUGAAGAUCACCAUCUGCAACCAGCCCCUCUUCCUUCGAAUGAAGCAGACAAUCUUUGUGAUGGUCCCCAAGCUGCUCCUGUGGUCACUGCUGGUCUCCUUUGUUACCUCUAUCCCAUUGAUUUGGGGUGCAGCAUCUUUCAUUCCUUUUAUCAUCUUUUUGACAACAUCCAUCCUGUUAAUUUCCUCUCUGUGGAGACACACCAGGAACAUGCAGUGCAAUGCAACCAGCUUCUGGGACCCCAGUACAGAGGCCUAAGUAAGUGCCAUUAAGGUUCUGAUCUCUUGCCAUAUUCUCUAUAUUUUCUAUUUUGUAGCUGUGACUGUGCUCUCAUUACCUACUUGUUUGACUGAUCGCACCUGGACACCUGCAAUCACUUCCAUGGUCCUUGCUGCUUAUACUCCAGGGCACUCCCUUAUCCUGAUUCUAAUUAAUCCUAAAUUGAAGCAGGCAUUGGUGAGGAUUCUGCAGAUUAUCAAGUGCCAUCUGAAAAGAGAUUUUUUAAAUCCUAUCACAUGA